CCCGCCCGUCCGCACGCCCGGGAAGUCUCGCGAUGCCGUAGCCGGCUGCUCCCGCUGCGGGUGGCUCUGGCUGUUGCUGUGGUUGCCAGAGUUGCUGCUGCUGCGGCGGCGGCAGCGGCGGCGGUGCCGGUGGAUGUGUCGGCCCCUGGGCGGAUGUUGACAUUGUGUUGUUGUUAUUGCUGAUAGUAAUGGCGGCGGCGGUAGCGGCGAUGGUCCAGACCCCGUCUCCUCUGUAGCCGGAGCCGAGACAGCAGAGAGGGAACUCCGCGGCCUCGGAGCCGGCGGCAGCGGCGACUCCCCUCAGCCUCCGCCGCCUCGCCCGCCAGUACCCCGGCGCCAACCCCGGGAGUCAGGCCCCUUUGGGCAGGGGCGCUCGGAGGCUCAGGAUGGCGGAUUUUGACGAGAUCUAUGAGGAAGAGGAGGACGAGGAGCGGGCCCUGGAGGAGCAGCUGCUCAAGUACUCGCCGGACCCGGUGGUGGUCCGCGGCUCCGGUCACGUCACCGUAUUUGGACUGAGCAACAAAUUUGAAUCAGAAUUCCCAUCUUCGUUAACUGGAAAAGUAGCUCCUGAGGAAUUCAAAGCCAGCAUCAACAGAGUUAACAGUUGUCUUAAGAAGAACCUUCCUGUUAAUGUACGUUGGCUACUUUGUGGCUGCCUUUGUUGCUGCUGCACAUUAGGUUGCAGUAUGUGGCCAGUUAUUUGCCUCAGUAAAAGAACACGAAGAUCGAUUGAGAAGUUAUUAGAAUGGGAAAACAAUAGGUUAUACCACAAGCUGUGCUUGCAUUGGAGACUGAGCAAAAGGAAAUGUGAAACGAAUAACAUGAUGGAAUAUGUCAUCCUCAUAGAAUUUUUACCAAAGACACCGAUUUUUCGACCAGAUUAGCAUUUACUUUAUUUAUAGAGACUUUCCAAGUAUGUUGUCUUUCCAAUGGUGCCUUGCUUGGUGCUCUCCUGGUGGUGACAUAACAUUGGUUCUACAGAAUCGUGUGGUGUUGUUUUUUUUUUUUUUUAAAUAACCGCAUGUUCUAAGUGUGCAUUUUUGUCGAUCUUUGCAACAGUUAUUUCAUACAGAUGUUUAAUACUUAAGUUAUUGUGCUCUUUUCUGUUAUGUAUUCUGAUUUUCAAGGAUUACUUUUUUGUAUUAUCAAAAAAAUACAUUUGGACUUAGCAUAAAAAGUGGCCAGCCUUUUUUAUUUUAUCACCAAGGUACACACAGUCCUUUAUUUAUAAAUUCCUUAACAGAGAAAAACACCUUUUUAAGGCUCAACUUAUCUAUUCUAGCAAGCACACUUUUUGUAUUAUUUUUUCUUUUAAAAUUUGAUAAGUCAUUAUUUUAAAAUAGUAACUUUUCUUUAAUACCCUUUUGGAACCUGACAUACCCUUUCUCAUACAAUUCCUAAUGCUCUGUUUAUGGCAGAUAAUCUGUAACAAAGUGCAAAGACCUAUUAAAAAGUUUUAAAAGUAUUUCUGUCUUCAAAGGUAGUAAGACAGGAUUAAAUUUUUACUAGAAUAGACAAAUCAGUGAAUGGUAUGCAUGUAUCUAGUGGUUACUAGAACUCAGGAUCACAAAAUAUAGUAGCAUCACAAUCUGUGUAUAUUUUUGAUCAAGAUGAUAAUGGCCUUACUUGGGUUAUUUUUAUUGUUUAUCAAAUCUUAUAUACAAAAGAGUGGAAGUAUUCCUUUACAGAAUUUCUAAGGAAAAUAUUUCUUCUAACCUAUCAAUUAUAGAAUGGAUAUAUGUUUCUGAAAAGUUUUUGAAAGAAAGCAAAAGUCCUAGAACUAAAAGUAAGCUGGUAUUUAAUUUCCCAGUGAUAUUUAGAACAGAUUGUUAAUAAGAAAUGGAGGGUACAUUUAAUACUGUUUUUAUCCACCAGUUCACUUUCAGUACAGUUAUGUAUACUUGUUUUGAUUGACAGUGUGACAUAGAAGUUAAAUCAGAUUAGCUUGUUUCUUUUAAAUAUACAUAUACACACAUAUAUUUUUUUCUCCUUUUCAUUGUGCAUAUCUCUGCAUUUUUAAACUUCUAGAUUUGUGAAUGACCUAUGUGUAAAUUUUUUUUAUAAACCUGAAAUUAUACAAAUUAUAAUGUAUGUCAAGAACUUGUUCCAUAUAACUGUGGUAUCGAGCAAUAAUGUCAAUAACUUUUGCAAUUAUAUAAACUAUGCUUAAUAAUUUGUAUUGAGAAUUGGUACCACUAUAUAAUACUUUUUUCCCUUGUAUUAAAUAUUUUAAAUAACAGUUUCAUUAAUUUAUAUACCUGUAUUUUUAAAAGUAUUUCUUUGUACUUCUUCAAAGUACUGUAAUCCUAUAUAAAUUUGAAUAGUUAAAUGCCAGUAUCUCAUGUCCUAUAUCCUGUAUUGGAUAUUAGGAGCUAUCUUAAAAACUAGGAUUUAAUAUUUUUUUUUUUGUUUGAGAAUUAUUUGUUUUCCUUGCCCCCCAAAUAACAGAAACUUGAAUUUGUAGAACAGUUUUCCUGAAGAGCUCAAAGUGCAAAGAAUUCAAAUACUUAUUUUAUUUAACUUGUGUCUAGGGUGUGUUCUACCACCUUAAAGUAGUGCAAUUAAAAAUAAUGCCAUCUAGAAACUCCAGUAAUCCUCUGUGGUUUCAGUGUGAAAAUAUUGUGUCUUCAUACAAUGCUAAAUCUGCCUCAGGAUUCAGAAAGAGCAGAAAAAAAUAAUGACUGUGUAGACUAUGCAACACAGUGUUCCCUGUAUAAAGUUGUGUAAAUCCAUAGAGCACCAUAUUGACCAGCUUUAUAAGAAGAACUUAACUAUUUACCUAAUUUAUUCUCCUAUUACUAGUCUGUGGAUUAUAAUUUUAAAAUUUCUAUAUUCCCUUAGGAAUAUUUUAACUGUAAGAUAAUUUUCAUAGUUGAUGAUAUUAAGUAUAGAAUUUUUAAAAGCUUUUCUGAUUUUAUUCAGAGAUGUGCCAUUUGCUUAAAGAUUCCGUAGAAACUUGCACUUCCAAUGUACAUAUAUAGAAAAGAACUGUGAAUACUUAAUAUGUGGUGUUAUCAUAAGCCAAUUAUACCUUGGGCAGUUAGAUUUUCAUGGUUGGAUUUUAAUUAGUAGCCUAUAGUAUAACUCUAUACUUUCUUGAAUCAUGAAUUUAAGUGCCCACGUUACUGGAUAUUAGAGAUGCCCAUGUUAAGUAAACAUCUGUCUAAGGAAAUAUUUGAAGUGAUGAUUGUUCUUCAGCUCAUGUUUCUGACUUAAAGUUUGUGGGACAUAAACCAUAGAGCUAAACUGGCUAGGAAAAAAUAUUAUUGGCAGAAAAUUUAGUAUAUGGAUUUUACAUAGUCUAAGUAAAUAACUUAUGGUCUUUUAAAAAUACAUUACUGGUAUUUUACAAUCAGUCAUCAUUUCUGUUUAGAAACAUUCUUUUCUCAAAAAAUGUACGUUGCCAACCCUGUUAUACUUUAAUAUAUAACUUUGGCCAUCUGGGUUAAAAUGAUACUCCAAAGCCUAAUGACUAUAGUAACACUGAUGUGAUACAGUUAGCUUCUAAGGUAGAUAUUGGCCCUCAGUUACAUUAAGAUCACCUUACCUAUCUAAAAUGAUCAUCAGAUGCUGUAUUAAGACUCUUUAAUGACUAGGUUUCAUUUAUUUAAAACAUAAACAUGUAAUUUUGCCCUAAAAUUAACAAAAUAAAUUCAACAAAGCCUUGAA